AUGCUGGCCCUGUGGCUCAGCGCGUUGCGAAAGCCCCAGGAGUACAUAAAGCAUUCCCUGCCUGGGCACUGCCACCACCAUCAACACUUGGGCUCUCAAGAGGCUCCAGGGACCGGCACUGUCUGUAAGGGACCCUGCUGUUGUGGGCUGGGGACAGCCAGGGACAGGAUGGCCCACACAGAGAGAGCUCUGCCCUGGCUGCUGCUGCUGUCACUGGCCUUGAUGGGCAGCAGCACUGCAGAGCGGGACUGCCGAGUAAGCAGCUUCAAAGUCAAGGAGAACUUCGACAAGACCAGGUACAGUGGCACCUGGUAUGCUAUGGCAAAAAAAGAUCCCGAGGGGCUGUUUCUGCAGGACAAUGUGGUAGCCCAGUUCACCGUAGAUGAGAAUGGACAAAUGACUGCCACUGCAAAGGGCAGAGUCAGACUCUUCAAUAACUGGGAUGUCUGUGCUGACAUGAUUGGCUCAUUCACUGACACAGAGGACCCUGCCAAGUUCAAGAUGAAGUACUGGGGUGUCGCCUCUUUUCUGCAGAAAGGAAAUGAUGAUCACUGGGUAGUGGACACAGAUUACGAUACAUAUGCUCUUCAUUACUCCUGCCGCCAGCUAAAUGCAGAUGGCACUUGUGCUGAUAGCUACUCCUUUGUGUUCUCCCGUGACCCCAAGGGAUUGCCUCCAGAUGCACUGAAAAUUGUCAGACAAAGGCAGAUAGACCUCUGUUUGGACAGAAAAUACAGAGUUAUCGCUCAUAAUGGAUUUUGCUCUUAAGGAGAUCCAGCCCUAUGGAAAGAAACCAUGUAACAGCACCACGGAUGUAAAGUUAACACAUUGAUCAUGUGUUCUCUGGAAAAUGCUUUAAAUGGGUCCAUUUAGAUUUUCAAUAUAUUUAUCUGAGCUGUGUAGCUCAUCUUGUUAAUAAACCAAUGAAACAUUUUAAUAAACUUGGAUUACAAGGGA